CCCUUCGACAAAGGAAUUUGCAUCUUCAAUCGUAGUCAUUGCACAGCUGAUCUUGUAGUGUCGUUUACGGUUUACAGUAAUAUUUUUUUUUGUGUUUAUAUUGUUACUCAUGAAAAAUUGAUUGUAACAGAACAUUACGGGUAUUUAAAAGUUUAUUUUGUAAUUGUUGAUAAUAAUAUUUUACCGUUCUUUCAACAUGGUGACGCAUUCAAGAAAAAUGUAUUGAGAGCAAGUUAGUCAGUAAUAUUGAAUGGGUGGGAAACAUAUCGACAAAGUACACAGAAAUAAAGAUCGUGUGAAUAAUUUGUUUUGGUGUUGAGUUUCAUUUCUUGAACUAUAGUUAGCGGGUAUGGUAUAUUUGUCAGAUACCUGGGGUAUGGGAGAAACAAAAUCGCAGUGCCACAAUACAAAUAGUAGUUCCUCCUUUCUGCAGGAGAAUGAUGAAGUUGCGUUACUACCGCUUAAGAAUCAGGUUGGUGGACAUACCAGAUUGCUAUUACUCAAUCAGAAUACUAUUUGUAAACCAUUAAACUGCAGAGAACUUGACUUUUAUCAAAACAUUCCACAAGACAUUCAAAUUUUUGUUCCAAAAUUUAAAGGUGUUUUACAAGCUUCUAACAGCAGUGAGGUUACAUUAGACAAACGUUAUAGCCCAAGCUUUAGAGAACAAGAUAAUAAUAGACAGGGACACAAUUCAAGUAAAAGAAAGAGAGAAGAUGUAUUAAGAAUGAAAAUUCAUCGUGACAACACAUUAGGAGGGGUAUUAAAACCAGAAAUGCAUUUGGAAAAUGCAUCAAACAGACAGUCAGAUUUUCUUUUACUGGAAAAUAUAACAUCACAAUACAUCCAUCCGUGUAUAUUGGAUCUGAAAAUGGGGACCAGGCAACAUGGUGAUGAUGCAUCUGCCGAAAAACGUAGUAAACAAAUUGCAAAGUGUGCUGCUAGUACAUCAGCCUCGUUAGGUGUUAGACUAUGUGGAAUGCAGGUUUAUCAAGCUGAUACCAAUCAUUAUGUAAAAAGAGAUAAAUACUGGGGCAGGGAGUUAAAUGAAGAAGGUUUUAAAGCAGCGUUGUAUAGAUUCUUUCAUAAUGGCUUUUAUUUACGAACGUUAGUCAUCGAAAAAGUGGUAUCACGAUUAGAACAAUUACGGCGUGCGAUUGAAAGGCAAAGCAGCUACAGAUUUUAUUCGUGUUCAUUGUUAGUCGUUUACGAAGGUUAUCAAAAGGAUUUUUCGGGAUUCGGCCAUUCAUCGUCUGCAUUACAGAUGAAUGAAGACUCAAUCAGUUCUACCUUCGUUAACGAUGAUCCUCAUACGUCUGAUGGUUGUUACGACGGGGAUAUAAAUAACAGUUCCCCAGAUUGUAAUGUUACUAUGGAAAAGGAAAUCAGCCAAACGAGUACUUUGCGCAGGGGAUUUGCUGAAGAGACCAAACGUAUCGCCAGUUUUUACCCUACAAGCAGCGAGGAGACAGUUUUCGUCGAAUCUGCGGACAGCUUGAUCGACAGGGUGCUUCAUUCUCCGAGAUACGAACAGUGGAUGCUUUACGGCACCAGAAACGAUGAAUUUUAUUUUGGACAAAGCUCGGACAAUGAGACGCAAGAUACUAGUUCCGAUACAGAAAUUACGUCGGAUUCUGGAUCACAGUGGCAAAGACGCGGACAUCGGUUAUUUCACAUUUACAAGAGGGACGAGAGAAUAGAAGGGGAACUUGAAUGUGCCAAUAUGUCAAACAGAUAUACCUCGUAUCCUUAUCGAUCGAAGAAGAUGAAACAGAAGUCUCAGGAAGCACGGGUCGAUGUAAGAAUGAUCGACUUUGCACACACGACUUUUGUUCAUGGUUCUACCGUGGCCUGUAACUCGUCUCCUACUCCUAUGGUGUACCAAGGCCCGGACUGUGGUUUUCUAACUGGUCUCGACAGCUUAAAACGACUUCUCCUUGAAAUUUUGACCGAAGAUUAAUUCAUAAACACUCGACCAAUAUCUAUCUAUUCCGUCUUUAUGUGUAAAGAGUUGAAAGAAAUGCGUUGAAAACAACUAAAAGAUUGGUGACGAAACUUUGAUUAUUAAACUUGAUUGAUUUCUAUGAGAUCGAUCUGUACAUAUGUAUUUCCAACGUAUGUAAUUUUAAGUAACAAAGUUCCACUCUAAGUAUACGAGCGAAGUAAGCGCGUAGAGCUAACGAGUGUACGAUAGCAGUAAGAUAUGCGACAACGAACUAAAAUCACAGAGUAUUAUUUAAUUCACAUGAAUAAAUAUAUUCAUGUGUGUAUAUAUACAUAUGUGUAUGUGCGUGCGUGUAUGUGUACAUAGCUCGUAUAUUUUGCGUGAGAGUUAUACUGUUACAACAUAUGUACAUAUAAUUCUUAAUACACAAAAUUUAAAAAGAGCUACUUUUAAUAAAUCGUGUACUUGUAUUCUUGUUUCUUUUCAAUUUAGUAAGAUUGCACAGUUUGUAAAUUGCUAAAUAAUUGUAUUGGACGGGAAUUCUAUCGACAUUUUCUAUCGAUGUUUGUACAAAUUAUGUGACAAAAAAUAAAUCAUUUAAAUGAUUUGAUGGCGUA